GGAAAAGUGACAGUCGAGCUGCAGACAGGUCAUUUCUCCGCAACAUGUCGAGUUGCAAUCUGCCAAACGUCCCUUCUUUUCGCAAACAACAGCUUUUCCUCGAAUUGUAAGUAUAGCUCUCCAAGCACUCGAGUCGGAAUCCACUACAGUCUAAUAACCGCUUUGCUAAUGUUCGUCUCUGCGGUCGCAGUGCGAGCUUGAAAUAUGCUGCUCCUCCCGGGGUUUACAUGAACCUGGGUCCUGGUGAUCCGACCCUGUGGACGGGCGUGAUCUUUGUACGAUCCGGGCCAUAUGCUUCUGCCAUUCUCCGUUUCCAAAUUCGCUUUCCAUCUUCUUACCCCGACCUUCCUCCCCUAGUGACGUUUUCGACGGACGUAUUUCAUCCAUUGAUUGUACCGCUUACCACCUAUACGUUCAGUACGGGGUCAGGGGGCGAGGAUCCAGUUAGCGCAACUGACGAGGGCAGGUUACCACCAGGAGGGUUCAGUUUGAGACAUGGAUUUCCUCAUUGGUUUAGCAGGAAAGGACGAAGAGACGGAGGGAAAUCGACUGAUUCGAGAGAUGCGAGCAGAAGUGCAACCGGCAUAGACACGCCCAGGGGCCGCUCGACUGUUCUUUCUGACGAACGAGCUGGAACUGUUCCAAAUGACAACCAGAAUGCGUCUGGGAGUACGACCGAGUCUUCGUCCACUACCCAACCUCCACGCGAUGAUGCCACGGAGACAGAUAAAGAAGCUUCCUUAGUGCCCGGCCAUCCAAUAUCGACUGUUCCCGUGGUAGCAUUAUUGGACUACAUCCGAUCCACCUUCGAUGAUGCCACGGUCCUUGAUUCCGUCCCUCUGGCAGCAGCUGGGAAUCCCAGCGCGUGGCAUGCAUGGAAGGCUCAUCGGAGAGGGAGUAGUUCGACGUUUGGAAGGAAUUCCAGACGAGGGAGUCCGCAGACACGUCUGCCUGGAGACUGGCAUUGGGAUGGGAUCUGGGCAAAGCGUGCGAAGGAUGAGAUCGAGGCUAGUCAUUCAGAGGCCACCUUAUUCGGGAGUUCCUCUAGGACUGCUGGGGAUGAGAUGAUACGAUUCUCUCGGUUGGAUGAUGCAGCCGUGGAAACCGUUAAGGAGAUGGUUGUCCAAUACAUGGAGGACGUUCGUUGGUGAUCUGUGGAUUCUCUCUCUUUUCUGGUGUAUAUUGUCUUGAUUUAAUUAUACCCAAAUGCUAUGUAUUGACCCGGUUCUGCUUAGUGGGCUUGGAUGUCUCUCCUUCCACGAUUGCUUUCUUUCAUAUAAAAAUCGACACGGCAGGACCGACCCAGCAUCUGCCUCCAGCCUGGAAAAGGAAGGGAGACAGUUCCCCCUCUCUCUUUUUUUUUUUUUUUUUUUUCCCCUUCUCUUUCACUCUCAGCAUUC